AUGCGGGAGAAAGUUCGUUAUGAACUGGAGGAGCAGAUGAACUGUUCGUUCUGUGGAGCGGACAACGACGGUGAUGAAGCGGCAAUAUUUAAGCAGCGGCCAAACUGUGCGGGUAUUGGCGGUAAAAAUGUAUUUAACCUUUUUUCGUAA